GACGAGGACAGUGUUGGAGUGACAGUUGUCAGUCACGACAGUGAAAACAGAACGCUGGUGGAUGGAUUUCAGGACCCCGGCAGUUAUUCGUGCAAUGUCACGUACCAGGGAAUUAGUCGAACAGCUUCAUCUGUUCACUGUGAGCAGUUUUUAAUGUAGGAGUGCUAUCACUCAAGGCUCUUUCGCAAUGGUUACGGCUGUUGGGUGUCACGUGAUGGAGAGGAGAUGAAGUACUGGGUAGGAGUGGAUUCUAUCGACUACAAAUGUGCAUGCGGCUUGAACCAUGCAUGUGUAAACCCUUAGUACGAAUGUAACUGCGACAAACUUGACCAACAAUGGCGAGAGGACAGUGGUUUACUUACUAACAAGUCCAGGCUUCCCGUGAAGCAACUGAGGUUUGGACAAAUAGUGAGAAGGGAUACCACACACUUGGAAAGUUCAAGUGUUUUGGAUUCAUGUAGAUCGUUACUGUAUACCCGCUAUUUGUAGACUUGCCUGUUAUAGCGCUGUUAAGUAACAUGUUAUCUGUUAUGAUAGCUUGCUGCUUGAAAGGAAUUCCAGGAUGGAUAAAUAUCAGUAGGAAGGUUAAAAAAUGUUUGGUUUUGACGUAUAGCGCAUGUGUUUUAGCAUAUUAAGCGUAAUUUUAGGCGCCGAAGGCCCAUUUUCGCUGCUUGUAGUUUUGAGACAGAGAUUGUUCACGGUAUGAAACGCAUUUGUGAAAGGAUAAACAUGUCGUCCAAAUACCGUGGAAUCGAAAAGAAAACCCGAUCAUCAGUUACAGAUUUGUGCAAUAUUGUUCUACAGUAUAUGACGAUUAAAAAACUACGUGCGUUUGCCUUGUUAGUCUCCAAACAUUCUGACAAUUACACUUUUCAACAAAUGCGAUCCUUGAGAUUUUUCCCGCAAGCCUGAGACACUCGUUGAUAUAAAUUCUCUUAGGUUGAAGAAAGCAACUCAGGUAAUCUGCGCCAACAAAUAAUUCGAAGGCCCUAUUCUAACUGAACCGUUGGUGAGGUACUAUCACCAUCAAAAAAAUUAAAUGAAAUAAUAAAGACCACAAGAAAUAAGUAACUGAUAAUAUAACUGUCUGCGUGCAUAACAAGCUAACAUAGGCUCUAAUGAUUCCUGAAUAACGCAUUAGAAUCCUAAAGAGGAAUGUUAUGGUUGUACCACAUUUGCUUACCUGAUUCUUUGCCAUGUAAGAGGGGCUCGAGAGAGAGCUUCCUCUUCAGAGUCUAUCGGUCAAGUUGUUAUACUCUAAACCAAAACUGUUAGGACCUGCUGGACGUUUAAACAUCAGUUUGAAAACCCCUUUUGUAAAAGCCAAUAGAAACCAAGUCAGUUAAUUAUUUAACGCUGGGAGUAAGAAAGAUGCGUGAGAGUGCCUCGAGCUACUCAAGCCUCUUGAGUUUUUUGAGCCAAUUUACUUUUAUUUGCAACAUUCUUAACAGGGUAGUUUUAAAUUUGGAUGAUGAAGAGCGAUUUCCUCCACUAAGCUUCAUUGUGUGCAAAAACAUUAUUGGCACAAUAACAAAAUGAAGCAGGCUCGCGCUAUUGAAUGUAUAGGUUACAAUACUUGUACAAUACGUGAACAAUGCUGGUACAGACAAAAUAUUAUCAGCAGUCAAAUUUAAUGAUCUUGAUCGUAGUGAUCAUUCAUUUUGAUGUAGACCUCUCAGGAUUCUAGCUUCUCCAAAUAACCAACGCAAAGAGUAUUGCAUAAAAACAGUACUUAAGGGGGUUCUAACUUGAGAGACUCAGGAGUUAGAGACACAAGGAGAUCCCUGACUAACACUCUACAGCUAAGUGUGGGAGUUUCCACAUAUAAUUUGCCCCCAUUCGUGUCAAUUCAGACAAAACGUGUUUCGCUUGCAUGAAUGAUAAGUUAUUUUGUAAAAUGGACUUAGACGACAGGGAAAUUCUUUCAUUAGUGUAUUAAGUUUCACCAAGGUUUUAUGCAAUAUUCGUUCUUGUUUAUAUUGGCGAUAUACUGGUUCGAUGUUGUUUUUCAUUAGUUUCAAAAAAAAAAUUCCAUUCUGUUCUAAUCAAAGCCGUCCAAAAAGAUCUCGUUGUGGCUGUAAUUGGCUCAAUUCAUUCUUUGCAAGAAAGAACUGUCCAGAUACGACAUGCUGUUGAAAAAUUAUUGAUGUUUACGCCGUAAAACUUAAUUUAGAAUUCCUUCUGUAAGUAGUUUCACUUAGAAGCUGAAAACUCAACACCAAGCUUAACAGCUCAUGAUUUUGAAACAGCAAGAUUUAGGAUUCAGCAAGAUUCAAGAAAGAAAAAUCCUCAAGUUGUAAAUAAUUUUUACGGACUUACUGAGACCAUCGACUAAAACUGUUUAACAGGAUUUUCCAUAAAAGUAGCAUUAUGAAAGUGAUCAAAUUGCAACGCCCGCUUUUUCAAACGUUUAUCCUCUGGUCAACGAGUUUAAAUUGGUUUGACUGCGAGGAGGGAACGAUGGCUUUUGGGCGUAUUGAAUAUAUAUUCCGUAGGCGUCUCGGAAAACUGUUUCCAGCCACCUAAAGACGUCAUGCUAAGCGGGAUUUCAAAGAUUUAGAAUGCUAACUUCUAAAAAACAAUACAAAUGAUGUCCUUCUAUGUUCCACAAAUAAAAUAUGUGCAUAUUCGUGAAUUUUGAACACAUUGGGGAAGGUCACAAACUUGCCUACUUUUGAUCACGUGAUUUCUUAUACAUAUCGAAAAGCUCAUUCAUCUGAACUUCACAUCGUAAGCCAGAGUUGUCUCGGGGUAAACGCGAGCUAUUUCUCAAAAAUAGCCAGCUUUUCACUUCUCUUCUUGUUCUCAGCAUGAUGUUACCCAAAUACAGAGUAGUAGGUGAACUUUUUUAGUGAACAUUUUCUAGUGAAUUUUAAACAAACCUUUACCGUUUUUGGUAAAUCAUUGUCUGCCACAUUAGUUAAAAUGUAUGUAUCUCACGUCCAGUACAGAUCACAGAGCUGCAAUGAGCUCGAAGGGAAUUUGUACAUUCUGCAUUACGAAUGUCAUUUCUUGUUUUCGUAAGAGAAGGUUAUAAUGUUCUUUUUUUAUCGACAUGUGCAAUAUCAAACAAGUUUCUUAUUCACAAGUAAAGUGCUUUGUAUCCUAAAGCAGCUCAUUCAUGUGUUGUCAUCCAACAGCCACCAUCAUGCUGCUCCUGCCACUCUUGAUAUUUUUCCCUUCGUUGCUAACCUUGAUUUUUGCCAUACAGAACAGCGCUCUCUAUUGGCAUCCGGCACGCGAUCUUUCUUUUGGUAACUUUAAAAUUGCGAUCCCUUCUGUUACCUUGGAGAAGAAAACUUACAUCGCUUUUUUUCAGAUUCUCAAAAAUGCUUCUGAGCAAGGUUUAGCUUCAAUUAUUUUUGGAAUUGGUCAAUUUCACUGAAGCUUUCACCACUCUAGCCUCUUGAGAGCUCUUCAUACGUCUUAAGUGCUUCAUAUCCAGAUAAACACACAGCUGUCGCGAUAGAGAAGUUUUAAUGCAGAAGUUUGCUACGUUUUAAUGCGUACACUACGUCAUCAUUGUGUACAAUGGGAAUAUGAAGCACGCUAAUGAAUUUGAUUGACACGAAUUCUCUGGCGAAAUGUAAUCCCCCCCAUAAAAGCUCCAUUAAUUUAAUCCAAUCCUAAGAACGCAUGAAAUAAGAUAUACUUAUAAUCAAUUUUUUUUUUAUGCUUCUAAGGAGAUAAAACCUUCAGUCAGAUCAAACUAUGUAAUCUCCUAAGUGGAUCUUACGUCAUCGACCCUGAUGGAGAGGGCGGGGUUAAACCUUUCAAAGUCUAUUGUAACAUGACUGACAAGGGCGGUGUUGGGGUGACAGUUGUUAGUCAUGAAAGUGAAGGCAGGAAGUGGCUGCGAGGGUUUGGUGGCAGAGGCUCCUAUUCUUGCUCCAUCAACUACACGGAGGCUGACAUGGCUCAAUUGGCGAACCUGUAAGCAGUUUAUAAAGCACGAGUGCUACCACUCGCAGCUCCUCUACAAUCGUGACAUGUACGGCUGGUGGGUGUCACGUGAUGGAGAGAACAUGAAAAACUGGGGAGGAGUUGUUUCUGUUGAUUACGAAUGCACAUGCUUGAAUAAUACAUGUGCAAACACUAACUACGGAUGCAACUGCGACAUGAGUGACCGCACAUGGCGAGAGGAAGGCGCCUUCCUCAAAGACAAAUUCAUGCUGCUUGUGAAACAACUUAGGUUUGGAGAUGCCCUUUAUUAUAGUGACAAGGGAUACCACACACUUGAGAAACUCAAGUGUUUUGGACUCAUUUAA